AUGGGUUCUGCAGCAUUGCACAUGUGCCAAAUUGCAGCCGGCCAAGGAGACGCCUUCUAUGAAUUCGGCAUCCACUGCUGGGACUACGCUGCCGCCUGGCUCAUUGUCACUGAAGCUGGGGGUUACUGCUGCAACAUUGAUGGAGGUCCCGUGGAUUUGAUGGCUCGACAUUGUGUUGCGGCUGCGACCAAGGAGCUUGCGGAGAAGAUGAUUAAGAAGAUUGUUCCCAUUUCCUAUCCCAGAGACUAG